AUGCAGCCCUUCAGCAUUCCUGUUCAGAUUACACUCCAGGGCGGCCGGAGGCGACAGGGCAGGACGGUUUUUUCUCCCUCGGAGAAGAAGAGGUAUAUAGACUACAGUGAUGGAGACCCACCGGAUGUGCACAAGAAGCUGCCAUCCAGUGCUGGAGAGGACCGAGCCAUGCUGCUAGGGUUUGCAAUGAUGGGCUUCUCAGUCCUAAUGUUCUUCUUGCUUGGAACAACCAUCCUAAAGCCUUUCAUGCUCAGUAAUCACAGAGAAGAAUCAAACUGCACUACCAUCCAAACACACAUCAUGGACGACUGGCUGGACUGUGCUUUCACCUGUGGUGUGGACUGCCAAGGUCAGGGGAAGUACCCAUGUCUUCAGGUGUUUGUGAACCUCACCCAUUCGGGUCAGAAAGCUCUCCUACAUUAUAACGAAGAGGCUGUCCAGUUAAAUUCCAAGUGCUUUUACACACCUAAGUGCCACCGAGAUAGGAAUGAUUUGGUCAACAGUGCUCUGAAUAUAAAGGAAUUCUUCGAUCACAAAAAUGGAACUCCUUUUUCAUGCUUCUACAGUCCAGAAAGCCAAUCUGAAGAUAUCGUUCUUAUAAAAAAGUAUGACCAAAUGGUUAUCUUCCACUGUUUAUUUUGGCCUUCGUUGACUCUACUAGGUGGUGCCCUGAUUGUUGGCAUGGUGAGAUUAACACAGCACCUGUCCCUACUGUGUGAAAAAUAUAGCACUGCAGUCAGAGAUGAGGUAGGUGGCAAAGUACCCUAUAUAGAACAGCAUUGA